ACACCUGUGACUUUACAUCAGGCACCUAUGUAAGGAAAUUGGACUGUGGACCACGAUGGCUUAUGGCUUACCAAGAAAGAACACAGUGAAAACCAUUUUGCAAGGCAGUUGUUAUAAAGUACAGGAACCUUGGGAUCUUGCAGUGCUUACAAGGACUUGGUACCAGAACCUAGCUGAUAUCAAAUUGCCUUUCUUGGAACAAAUUACACUUGGUCGUCCUAUAAAACUCUCAAAAUGCAAAACCAAGAAAGGUCUGCUCCCUUCAGCAGAAGCCAUCAAACUUGAAAGGGAUUAUGAAAUGAAGCGCCUAACUGCACUUAAAUGCCAAGAACAAGCCUCUGAGGAAAUUGAGCUUUCCCUCAAGGAAAAGAAAGUUGGUUUGAGAAGACCUCUUCCACCCAAGUGGCAAGCAUCUCAUAAUCGAGUCUGUGCUCUAUUUCCUAUACCCAGAGGGGAUGAAGAACUCUCUCACUGUGUAAAGAUGCAGAUGCAUGAAUGCCCACUGGUGGAUGAGCCAGUGCACAUUGGCGUGGGUUAGUGAACAGCUUUGGCAGAUCAUCUGGGUCCCUGGCACACUCUUUUUC